GACUUAGCCUCUUCUCGGUCUCCGGCCGCUGCAGCUGCGUCCCUGCGCGAGGCCCCUGGAUCUUGCCUGCCUCGCCUCUCGACGCUGUCCUCCGCGACACCCUACCUUCGCCCCGACUCUUGACACUGUACUAUGGCCGAUAUGAACGCAGAAUCUAUCCAACAGAAAAUCCAGAUCGCCCGCCGUGAUGCCGAGGCUCUCAAGGACAGGAUAAAACGGAAGAAGGACGAGCUGGCUGACACAACCCUUCGCGAUGUUGCGAAGCAGCGGGUCGAUGCCCUCCCGCGCCUCACCAUGAAGACCAAGCGCACCCUCAAGGGCCACUUGGCGAAGAUCUAUGCUAUGCAUUGGUCAACGGACCGACGGCACCUCGUCUCUGCCUCCCAGGAUGGGAAGCUCAUAAUCUGGGAUGCAUACACAACAAACAAAGUUCACGCCAUUCCCCUCCGAUCUUCGUGGGUCAUGACCUGCGCCUAUUCACCCUCAGGGAAUUAUGUGGCGUGCGGUGGCCUGGACAACAUCUGCUCCAUCUACAAUCUCUCUGCACGAGAGGGCCCGACCCGUGUUGCCCGCGAGUUGUCUGGCCACUCCGGAUACCUGAGUUGCUGUCGAUUCAUUAGUGACAAGCGUAUCCUGACCUCUUCUGGCGACAUGACCUGCGUGCUUUGGGACUUGGAGACUGGUUCGAAGGUGCACGAAUUUGCCGACCAUCUUGGCGACGUGAUGAGCUUGAGCAUAAAUCCGCUUGAUCACAACCAAUUCGUCUCCGGAGCCUGUGAUGCCUUCGCCAAACUGUGGGAUAUUCGACAGCAGAAGUGUGUGCAGACCUUUGCAGCGCAUGACUCCGACAUUAACGCCAUCCAAUUCUUCCCGAAUGGAAACGCCUUCGGUACAGGUUCGGACGACGCAUCGUGCAGGCUGUUCGAUAUCCGCGCCGACCGCGAGCUUCAGAGCUACACCAUCCCCGAACCCGUAUGUGGAAUCACGUCGGUAGCUUUCUCGGUCUCUGGCAGACUGUUGUUCGCUGGUUACGAUGACUUCGAGUGCAAGGUAUGGGAUGUACUUCGAGGAGAGCGUGUCGGGACACUGCAAGGACACGACAACCGAGUCAGCUGUCUCGGUGUAAGUAAUGACGCGCUGAGUCUCUGCACUGGCUCAUGGGACUCCAUGUUGCGCAUCUGGGCAUAAUUCACGCUGCUUGGUAUGUGACUACAUGUGAUAAUGCAAUCUCAACGAGGAUGACUCCGUGCGCACUUCUCCUUUAAUUUGUAGCCCAACUACGACAAAAAAGCCUUGUACGUUUCUCAUACACCCUCUACAUCCUCAUAUCGCUUCCCAU